AUGACUGGGGCAGAUGCCGUCCUGGCCAUGCUCCUUGCCCCGCUGCCCUGUGUCUGUGCCUACGACAGGGCCCUGUUUAACGCUUCCUUCCACUCUGCCAGGCUGAUGUUUCUGCAGGCCGUCCUGGCCAUGCUCCUUGCCCCGCUGCCCUGUGUCUGUGCCUACGACAGGGCCCUGUUUAACGCUUCCUUCCACUCUGCCAGGCUGAUGUUUCUGCAGGAUGCGCUCACCCUGGAACAGCAGGACCUGUCUCUCUACUCCGUGGAGCUCGUGCUGAAGGGAAGCACCGUGCCCAGCGCUGCACACGUGGCCUUAACUGAAACUGCGCCCGGGCCCCAGCCAAGCAGGGCUCUCCGUGCCAUCUCCUCGCCAUCUGCCACUCCUUUUGAUACAACCUUUUUUAACCAAGGAAGACAGCAUACUCAAAGUACAGCAGACCACAGCAUCUUUGUGGCAAAUUAUGUGUCGGUGACAAGUAAGGAGGUGGCCACCGAGGACGAUGAAAUGGAUAACUUCUUGCCAGAUACUCAGUGGACCACGCCCCAGGUGGUCUCUCCCCUGCAGUAUCUCACAGUCAGCCCCCCAGGGCUGCCCAAGGAAACCUUAGAACCUGUGCUCACUCCAUCACUGCCCAUGGUCUCUUUCCGAGUUAGAGAAGUGACGGCAGCCUGGCAACACACAAUGCAACAACCGGUGACACAUGUGGAGCCCCCCAGUCAUUUCCACGCUUUCCGGUCGGCUUUUCCCACCUCCGAGGGCAUCCUCCCCACGCCCAGUAGGAACCUGGUGCUCUACCCUACUGGUACUUACAGUCAGCUGUCAAGCCGGACGUUGCCAGAGAUGGCGGCUUCAGCAACAGGGGACGCAGAAACCCUCCUUCUUAGCUCCUCGUCCUUGGGGCCUCAGCUUCUAGGCCCUGGCAUUACUCAGCAGCCAUUCUCCCCCUCAGGGGAGAUCUCUCAGCUUCCAGAGGAGUUUUCGGCCACGAGGACAGAUGGUUACCCCGACGCCACCACUGCUUGGAGUGAGCGUGUGGAGGAAGCCUCCUCUCCGAGAACACCCGCCCCUGCAGCGGUGGCCCGUACCGCCCUUGCGUUCUUCACGCACUCAGUUUUGUUUUCCACGACUCCUGAACUUGUGUCCUUGUCUGCUCACUCGGCGGAUGUUUCACGGAACCCUUUUCUUCCCAGCAACUCUGGCGAAACAUCCGCACUGCCUGGCAAUUCAGGGGCCCCCCAUGAGGGGGACGACACUCACGUCCCGAGCUCGGUGUCUUCAUCCAGACCAUACACGUGGUGCGUGUCCUGUUCCGUGGCGUCGCCUCGGCCAGCUCCAGCCACGAGCCUCAUGGAGAAGGACGUGGGCUCAGGGGAUAGCGCCGAGACCCUGUCCCCGGCUGUGUCGGAAGCGAGCAGCCCUUCUCCUCUGAGCAGCGUGGUGGCGGACUUCCCCGAGUUUGAGGAAGAGCCUCAAGAGUUCAAUACGCUUUUCCCCUCCCGGCCCUUCCUCCCCCUCUCUUCGAGACCCCUGGGAGGCUCAGAAAUGAGGGUGGGCAUCUCGGCUGAGGUGGACGUGGGUGGUGUUUGGCCCACACAAGCUUCCCCCUCCCACGGCCACCUCUCUGUGCCAGAGUCACUCGGUCCUACUUUUGGCUCCUUCUCUGUCACCGAAACUCAAGAGCUGCCACCCAGUGUCACCACGGUGGCUUUCUUGGUCAUCACCAGCGUUUUGGACUCAUCUUUCUCCGUCAUGGCACAGGAAGACACGCCGUCACCAGUCACCCGAGACCCGGGCCUUUCUUCUUACAGUUCGGCUCCGUGGGCACAGGCUUCGCCCUCUGACCAGCGUCCUGCCAGUCCUUCUGAACACGAACCCGGGAGUAGUUUGGCUUUUGCAUCCAGCUUCUUCUCAACCCCACCGCUGGGACUCAGUCCCUUCCCUUCGUCUUCAGAAGCCCCCGCUUCUCCGUCUCUGACAUCGAGCGAUCUGUCAGCCUCCCCGUCCCCAUCGGUCCCCAGCCCGGCCGAGGCAGUCGCAGCGUCCAGCGUGGGCAGUCUGCAGUCCGCUGAGCUCGCUGCUCCCGAUCUCUCCGGCUCUGCGUUUGCUCAGCCCUGGCCUGGCUCGGACCUUCCUGUGAGCACAGCCGCCCUUCCACCCGGCUCCUCGGAAGUGUCACCCCGUGCUCACGUCCCUUCUGAGUCUCUCACGUUUGCUGAGGCGGCGACAGUCACGCUGGCAGGUUCUGAAGCUCAUCUUACCUCAGCUUUCACUGAAACUACCUCCGACUUCGCAUUUUCACCGCUCUCCCGUGAGCCCACGGUCACUGCGUGGGUGCCCGCCAGCUCUGAGCACAGCCUUGACCUCCCGACUGCCGGGACUCCCCCGACGUCAUGGGCAACUGCUUUCUAUGGGGCGACCCCCGUUUCCGCUGCGUCUUCGCUCUUCCCAACUCCGACGUCUCCUGGCGACCGUGUCAGCGCUGUGGGAGAUGGCAUCUCUGGCCUGCCCUCUUUCUCCGGCGUCGUCCCUGCCAGCACAGCACUGACCCCCGACGUGUUCUUGUCAUCAGCGUCCUCACCUGUUUCCCAAGUGAGCCCCUCGCCUCUGCCCACAGAGCCCAUCCUUGAGGGCCCAGCGUCCACACCCGCAGAUAUACCCUGGAGCUCCUCCACCGUGCCGGGCACAUCUGCUGGUGAUGCUGUAGACCCUGCCUCGAGUGACGCUGCCAGUCAGAACGCCCAGGAGAGCAGCGCUGCCCCUCCCCCGCCGUCCCUGCACCCCGUCACCACCUUGGCUCUCGAGGUGACCGCUGAUGCCCCGGCACUGGCCACCGCCAGGCCACCGUAUGUGUGCGAUGUCACAGCCCCUGAGGCCUACUUGGUCACAACCGUGCUGGCCAGGAGAGCUGUGCAGGAGUACAUCAUUACCUCCAUCAAAGAUGUGCUGAGGAUGCACUUCAACCGUGCGGUGGAGCUGAAGGUGUAUGAACUAUUCACUGACUUCACUUUUCUGGUAACAUCUGGCCCUUUUGUUUACACGGCAAUAUCAGUCAUAAAUGUACUUGUAAAUAGUAAACUGGUGCGGGACCAAACUCCUUUAAUCCUGUCCGUGAAGCCUUCUUUCCAUGUGCCUGAGUCCAGGUUUCAAGUUCAAACAGUGCUUCAGUUUGUGCCCCCGAGUGUGGAUACUGGCUUCUGCAACUUCACCCAGCGCAUCGAGAAAGGCCUGACGACAGCUCUCUUCGAAGCGAGAAAACACCACCAGGGGACGUAUAACCUCACGGUGCAGAUCUUGAAUAUCACUGUGGGCUCUUCAAGGAUGGCUCCUCGGCGGGGCCCAGUGAAUAUCAUCUUUGCCGUGAAAAGUGCACAAGGAUUUGUGAAUGGGUCAGAAGUGAGCGAGCUGCUCAGGAACCUGAGUGUGGUGGAGUUCAGCUUCUACCUGGGGUACCCGGUGUUGCAGAUCGCAGAGCCCUUCCAAUACCCACAGCUCAAUUUAUCUCAGUUGUUGAAGUCUUCCUGGGUCAGAACAGUCCUCCUGGGGGUCGUGGAGAAGCAGCUGCAGAGCGAAGUGUUCCAGGCUGAGAUGGAGCGCAAACUGGCCCAGCUGCUCAGUGAGGUUUCCACCAGGAGGCGGAUGUGGAGAAGGGCCACCAUCUCCGCGGGCAACAGCGUGGUGCAGGUGGUGAAUGUGUCGCGGCUGGAGGGCGAUGACAAUCCGGUGCAGCUCAUCUACUUUGUGGAGGAUCAAGACGGAGAGCGACUCAGCGCGGCCAAGUCCUCCGAUCUGAUUAACAGGAUCGAUCUCCAGAGAGCAGCCAUCAUCCUGGGUUACCGCAUCCAGGGCGCCAUUGCCCAGCCCGUGGACAGGGUGAAGAGGCCAUCCCCAGAUUCCCAGAGCAACAACUUGUGGGUCAUUGUCGGCGUGGUGAUCCCAGUGCUGGUGGUGAUGGUCAUUGUCGUCAUCCUCUACUGGAAACUCUGCCGCACAGACAAGCUGGACUUCCAGCCCGACACGGUGGCCAACAUUCAGCAGCGUCAGAAGCUGCAGAUCCCCAGCGUGAAGGGCUUCGAUUUUGCAAAGCAGCAUCUGGGACAGCAUAACAAGGAUGACAUCUUGAUUAUUCACGAGCCAGCACCACUGCCGGGACCCAUGAAGGACCACACCACGCCCUCUGAAAACGGAGACGUGCCAAGCCCCAAGGCAAAGAUCCCAUCCAAGAACAUCCGUCACAGAGGAAGAGUUUCUCCCUCGGAUGCCGACUCGACCGUCAGUGAGGAGUCCAGUGAGAGGGACGCGGGAGAGAAGACGCCAGGCGCGGUCCCCGACGGCAAGUCCCACAGAGCGCCGCAGAGUGGGCCCCCGCUUCCCAGCUCAGGGAAGGAGCAGCACUCCUCAGCCUCCAUCUUUGAGCACGUGGACAGGAUUUCCCGCUCCUCCGAGGCCAGUCGGCGUCCCCAGUUGGCCAGUCGGCGCGUCCCCAGUAAGAUCCAGCUGAUUGCCAUGCAGCCCAUCCCUGCACCCCCAGUUCAGCACUCCGUCGUGGCCGACCGGGUGGCAGAAGCCAACAAAAUUAACAAAGAGAUCCAGACAGCACUGCGGCACAAGUCUGAGAUCGAGCACCACCGCAAUAAGAUCCGGCUGCGUGCCAAGCGCCGUGGGCACUACGAGUUCCCGGUGGUGGACGACCUGUCCUCGGGGGACACCAAGGAGCGACACCGGGUAUACCGCAGGGCGCAGAUGCAGAUCGACAAGAUUCUGGACCCCACAGCCAGCGUGCCCUCGGUGUUCAUAGAGCCCAGGAAGAGCUCACGGAUCAAGCGUUCUCCUAAGCCACGCCGGAAACACCAGGUCAAUGGCUGCCCUGCGGACGCGGAGAAGGACAGACUCAUCACUACGGACAGCGAUGGCACUUACAAAAGACCCCCUGGAGUCCACAACUCUGCCUAUAUCGGAUGCCCAUCCGACCCUGACCUCCCAGCAGAUGUGCAGACACCGUCCUCGGCUGAGCUGGGGAGGUAUCCAGUCCUGCCCUUCCCAUCCUCCCAGUACAUCCCGCCCCAGCCGUCCAUCGAGGAGGCACGCCAGACCAUGCACUCCCUCCUGGACGACGCCUUUGCCCUCGUGGCGCCCAGCAGCCAGCCCUCUGACACCACGGGUGCGGGCCCUGGGGUCCCAGGUGGCCUGCCUGUGAACAGCACCCCUUCCCGGGAAGAGAGGCGAGCCACCCAGUGGGGGUCCUUCUACAGCCCAGCCCAGAUGGCCAACAAUCCAUGCAGUAGAUACGAAGACUAUGGAAUGACUCCCCCAUCGGGCCCAUUGCCAAGACCCGGUUUCGGCCCCAGUUUGCUACAGUCUUCAGAGCUGGCACCGCCUGAGCCCCCGCAGCCGCAGGCAUCAGCAGAAGCUCCGUUCGCUACCCGAGGGAUCUACCCUGAGGAGGUGCCAUCGGUGGCCCGGCCUCGGCCUGUUGGGGGCACCACAGGCUCCCAGAUCCAGCACCUGACGCAGGUGGGACUCGCUAGCAGAAUCGGAGCUCAGCCAGUGGAAGUGCCACCCAGCAGAGGUGGCCAGUAUGGAGGCCCAGGCUGGCCUUCGUACAGUGAGGAUGAAGCUGGGCGGAGAGAGGCGACACACAUGCUUGGACAUCAAGAGUAUUCUUCUUCACCGCUAUUUCAGGUGCCAAGGACUUCAGGCAGGGAACCCUCAGCCCCUCCUGGGAACCUCCCCCACCGGGGGCUGCAGGGCCCUGGGCUUGGUUACCCCACUAGCUCCACAGAAGACCUCCAGCCUGGGCACUCCUCAGCCUCUCUCAUCAAAGCGAUCCGCGAGGAGCUGCUCCGGCUCUCCCAGAAACAGAGCACCGCGCAGAGCUUCCACAGCUGAUGGGUCUCAGACCGCCUUGCAGAGCGCCAAGUAUCCGCUUCCUGUGGAAGCAAGACCGCAAGGAGAUCAACUGAGUGGGUGUUUGUAAGAGGAAUGAGCUGCUUCUGGGCACGCUGCCCACGGAAGGGACCACGUUGCGAUGUUCGAAGACACCAUAAGUCACAUGACGGCCAUGAUUCUUUGACUGUGUUGGCAGUGUUGUGACCGUGUGGGUUCAGCUGGGGUUGAUGUACUUUUGGCCAAAAGCCAGCAGCACUUCACAAAAACAAAACACAAACCUAAGCUAACAGAAUGACUGCGUGAUUCCCUUUUUAAAGGCAGAAGAGUAAGGUGUAUAGAUGGUGUAAGAGUUACAGAGCUCACGCGUCUCCGUGGGACUCAGACUGAUGUGUACGUGUACGAUGUUUGGUUUUCUGAGAAAAAGAUUGGAAGACAUUUUAUUAACAGCUUGACUUCCCUCUUUUCUUCCAUAGGAACUUAUUUUAAUAGUAAUAUUAACAAAAGUACUAAGACUGUUCGGGAAUUUUAAAAAGCUACUAGUGAGAAACCAAAUGAUAGGUUACAGAACCUGAUGAUUUCACACGAAGCCAUCCCUGCAUUUUUCUUCUUCUGGUGCUACAGCUCCAAGGGCCCUUCACCUUUAUGUCUGUGAAAUGCAUCUUUGGCUUUUUCAAUGGAAGAGUAUGUUGAAGGUUUCAUUUUGUUCUAGGGAAAAGAAAAAAAAACAGCUCUCAAAUGGACUGGGGGAAGCUUAAUAUUUAUUGGAUUAUUCAAAAUACAUAUCGAAGUUUAGAUUUAUUUCUGAAUUGUAUUUGCUGUUCAUUCAUUGGGCACAUGUAACUCCAGGGAGAACCCCAUUUUGGUGCAUAUCAUUAAGGCGAGUCCUUUAGAAGGGGGCUUUCCAGAGGUCCUAACCAAUCCUUGUCCUUUGCUGAUGACUUGCUCACAAAUGCUGAUUGAAUGUGACAUCUUACGAAGCAAAAUUCUUUGUCAGAAUUCCAAGGGCCUGCCAAUCGUUAUGAAUCGGUCCCUGGUGAUCACAUUUUCUGGGUUCAAGAUCUGGAAAUGAAAUUGAGUUGAAUUCAUCCUCUCCAUGAUGAGUCAGGAAAUGUAAAUCAGCACUUUGAGACCACGAGGGAAAGGAGAGGCUUCUCAUUCCUGAUUUUAUUGUAUAACUUCUUUGUUGAGCAACUGUUCAAACUCUCUGGCCCUUUGGGCCUGAAAGAGGGGAAUCUUCUCGCUUCAGUUUUACUUCUAAAGUAAUUAUUUCCCUGCUCCCCAAGUUAGAGUAAGGACUCUAGGGACAAGGAUCCCUGAGUGAGACUCAGAAGAAAAGUAGGCUUAGGUAAGAGAUUCCCAUCAUGAAUUUCUUUUUGUGAGAUCAACUAAGACCUUUCAGAUGAACAGGUAGAAUUUGGAGCACUCACUAAUCAAAACCUUUGUAUCUGUGUCAAGUUCUAAGAACCCUGAAGCAACUAAAACAGGUUUCUAAAGUGUAGUCAUUGGAUUCCAGAUCACGUUUCCAUACUUCCUUCAUUAAGCCUGUUGUACAAACGUAGAGUCCUUCACUACAGGGCAAGUUGAUUCCGGGAAGUGGGGAUGUACCCAUUUGUUGUCGGUAGGCCUCUGAAAGAGAAGGGAUACAGAGAAUAAGACCCAAUAGAGGAUGUUCAAUGAAGGACUGGCGGCUCCUUGUCAGGUGACCCCCAGAGGCUCCAAAGAGCAUGGGAGAAAAUGCCCCUUCCAGGUUUGAGUUUUUACCUCUUGGUCUUGGUUUAAUACCAGACUCUCCCCAAAAUGGAGGAUUCUCUUUGCAUGCCACUCGAAGACACCAGGCUUCCUAAAUAUGGUAUUAAGAGUUCCAGAUAUCCAAGCGUAAUUUUAUUAUGGACACCUUAUAAUGAAUUUAAGUCACAUGACAGCAAAUGGCAUACAUGGCCCCUUUCUUCCCCGUUCUGCUCAGUGUUGUAAGUGUUCGCGUGUAGAGUGGACUGAACAUGGUUACUUCCUUUGUCCAUUACAGAGGCAGGUCUCUGCUUCAUGUGGGGGUUGACCACAGCAGCAAUGUUGAUGCCUUUCCAACUACAUAAAGGGAUUCUACCUGUGUUUGUAUUCAUAGAACCGAUACACCUUUAACGGAUGUCAAGACCAAAGAUGACACAAACAGUGGCGUGUGUAGUGUGUGCGGUGUGAGCAGGGUCCCCAGUGGUCUGUUGUUGGUCACAAGCACACUCAGCUUGCCCUUGUUCCCUCUCAACACUUGCCGCGAGAGUUUUACCAUCUCCAGACUCGGAACAAACUAGCUGUGGGUAGCGCCAUACCCAGUGGGCCUUCAGAUUGCUCAGUUCAUUGAUCUCCUUCGAAGAGAGGUCCUCUUGUUGACCUGUGUGGCUUUGGAGUUCCAUUUGUUGAAGCACAUAAAAGUGAAAAGUUAUAUUUUAUGUCUGCUUUCCUAUUUUACAAGUUCUUAACACAAACUAUAAAUUUGAUUCGGCGUUGUAGAGAAGAUUGGAGAGAUGGUUGUCUGCAGAGUCUACUCUGUCACCAACUCACGGUGUCAGGUUCCUUCUCUGAACCUCAUUCUCCCCAUCGCCCAAAUGAGAACAGACCUCCCCUGCCCACCUCCUAGGAGAUCUAGUUGUGAGAAUCAGAUGUGACCAUGUGCGGGAAUGUCCCUCAGGAAGGGAAGAAGAGCCCUGUGAAAACGUAAAACGUUAUUUGUGUGAGUCCUCCGGGAUGGCCUACGUGGCGUGCUGUUGUCUACCAGUGAAUGGGCUCAUACCCAGGCCUCCAGAGAAGAGGUGAGAGCCCAGUGUGACUCCUCCUCACUCUUGUUCUGCUUUAAAUCCACUUCCUUCUCCACUAACUUUCAAAGAGCAUUUCUGAAGCAUCUUGCUGCUCCUGCUUUUCUGAUACUAAUUAAGUCACCACUUGACCCUGCCUUCUGAGAUCUGAGAAUCGAAGUCACAUGGUACAGAGGGAUAUAAAAGAGACAGCGCGGGUCCCUAAGAUAGUUUAACCGUCAGUGAAAUGCGUCCAGAGUCCACAGGUAUCUUUGGAAAUCUGGGAAGGCCGGGAAGCUGCGCAUUUGGAAAUGGUAGGCACUAGGGCGGAAGCCUACUUAGAUUAUAGGGAAAUUGCCCAGCCGACGGUGACUACUGUUCCCAGUGCUGAGAGCGGGCCUGGGGAAGGAUGUAGAAGUUGGAGGACACUGUCAUGGAGGAUGAACUCGACCCUUGUUUUCUGAAGUACGGGGAUAACAUUCCUGACUGCAUUGUUGAGGGAAUUUUAGAAGCAGAAGAAGGGCCGGAAGAACAUGUCUGCAGCCAUACAGUGAGGAAAUGACCAGAUCUGUGAAGAUGCCCAGGGUGCAGGAGGGAAGGGGAAGCACCACAGAUGGCUGAAGGACCAAGUAAAUACGACAGUUCUAGGCAGAGCAUAGCAGUUUAUAAAUAAAUACAUCCACAUUUUCCUUGAACUUGAGCUACCUACCUGUUUCUCUUUCAAUUUGAUUUGAUUUCAGAGCGUGGUUUAAUUUUGGUGACACAUAGCUUUUAAACAGUGGGGUUUUGCCAACCAGAUUUUUCUGGCCAUGAGAACCGUCAUGAAAAAGCACAGGUGAAGGGAUGCCCGAAAGUCUGCGGGCUAUAAUAGGUAACUGUAGGUGAGGCCCCUGUUUCCCGUGUACAGGUCAGUUUUACUGCCUUUGCACACAGCCUUUUGAGAGCUCCCGUGACCAAACCAAUCUCUUAGAUGCUGAUCUGCAUUGGCAGUAGUUGACACGUUAAUCAUUAAAUAAACUUUUCUGACCCCUUCAUCCUAGAUUCUUAGAUGUGAAUGAAUUUGCUGGUUGGGAGAACUGUUGGUUAAGGUUGUGAGUUGGGAGGCCGGGGCCUCCAGUGCUAACUCGCACUAACUUAGUUCUAGUAGAGUUUUUGCUAUGUCGUUUCUACCUCCAGAGCAAGGCUCCGAAGCCAGUCUCCAGAGCCUGCAGAUCCACAUUUGCCCCACAAAGGGACAUGAGGAAGUCCACUUCUAGAGCUGCAGGUAGACCCCACAAACACAUUUCUAUGGGACAGCCAAUUGAGCUUAGUUUUCACCUUGAAUCCAGUCCAUGAAUAGACAUUCUUGUAACAGGUAAGAGGGGUUUCUGGGCACUCCUGCUGUAACACUCAUAAAACGCAAUGAACUUCCACUCGUUACCUAGAGGACGAGGAGUGCGGAUGUUGCAGGUUUCCUCUGAUAUGCGUGGAGGUGAUUGUUAGUGUGUAAGGUGGGACUCCUUUCUCCACUAUUAAAAAGAUUUGCAAACCAAAAUGUCACGGCACAAUGUUAAUUCCAUGCUUGUGUGUGUGUCGGGACACUUGCCAAUUUAGCUUAAGAACACACAGCAGCAGCAAAUCGUAGGAAAAGAGUAUUCAAUGCCUUCGGAAACAUGAGACGAAGUCAGGAACCAGUGAGAAAGGGAGAGAAGCAAUGGAUGUCUUAAUCUGAUACACUUUAGUCCAAAUUAAUUUCCCACAGGGUCAAUAAUUACCCAGGCUCCUAUUGUUCCUUCUUUCUAUGGCUUUUUCCACUCUGGGGCCACUGCACAUUGAGGG